CUGUUUGAAUGCUUAUGCACAUUUAAGCAGAGCACAGGCUCUGCACCCUCACUAGGUCUGAGGCGUCUGCGGGCCAAUCAGGGACACGAUGGGUGCCGGUGGUGACGGCCGCCCGGUUCGGGAUGGGUAUAUGCGUAGGAACUUUUCCCUUGACAAGCUGAAGAACAUUACAAAUGUCAAGGAUGACCUUACAGUGCUGCGCCAUAUGUGGUUUGGCAGCAAGAAGGGCGACGAUCACGCAGCUCGGCUGGAGAGUUUCUACGGACCGCAGGCCGCUGCCUACGAUGCCUUCCGCUCAAGGUUCCUAUGGGGCCGCAAGCCGAUGCUGGCCGCGUGUGCUGCUCGCCUUGCCGACCGCUCUAACCUGAUUUGGGUUGACCUUGGUGGAGGUACUGGGGAAAACGUGGACCUGAUGUCUCAGUACAUCGACCUUACAAAGUUCAAGGCCAUCUACGUGGUGGACCUCUGUCACUCGCUGUGCGAGGUCGCCAAACGCAAGGCGAAGGCGAAGGGUUGGAAGAACGUGCAUGUCGUGGAGGCGGACGCCUGCCAGUUCGCGCCAGCGGAGGGCUCCGCCACGCUCAUAACGUUCUCGUACUCGCUGACAAUGAUUCCGCCGUUCCACGCUGUCAUCGACCAGGCUAUUUCAUACCUGGCGAUGGACGGCCUGGUCGGCGUCGCAGACUUCUACGUCAGCGGCAAGUAUGAUCUCCCGAUGCGCCAAAUGCCGUGGUCCCGCCGAUUCUUCUGGCGGUCAAUCUUUGACAUUGACAACAUCGACGUCGGCCCGGAGCGGCGCUCCUACCUGGAGCAGAAGCUGGAGCGCGUGUGGGAGCAGAACAGCCAGGGCUCCAUUCCCUACGUACCCUGGCUCCGCGCCCCCUACUACGUGUGGCUCGGUCGCCACCCCAGCGUUGGACACGCGCUGCACGAGGAGCGCGUGGAGCGGCCGCCGCUGUUUCCGCCCACCUUCCUGUACACUCAGUCCUGGGAGGAUCCGGAGCCCGACAUGGAGGUGAUGGAGAUCAACAAGAACGACACGGUGCUGACGCUCACCAGCGGCGGCUGCAACGCCCUCAACCUAUUGGUGCACGGUGCCGGACACGUGGUGUCUGUGGACUGCAACCCGGCGCAGUCGGCGCUGUUGGAGCUGAAGAAGGUGGCCAUCGAGCAGCUGGAGUUUGAGGACGUGUGGCAGAUGUUUGGCGAGGGCGUGCACCCGCGCAUCGAGGAGCUGUACGAGAAGAAGCUGGCGCCCUUCCUCUCGCAAACCAGCCACAACUUCUGGUCCAAGCGCCUCUGGUACUUCCAGCACGGGCUUUACUACCAGGGCGGCAUGGGCAAGCUGUGCUGGGUGCUGCAGUGCCUUGCGGCUGUCACCGGGCUGGGCAAGACGGUGAAGCGGCUCGCAAACGCGCCCACCCUGGACGAGCAGCGGCGCAUCUGGGACAGCAACUUCAUCAUCCACUUUGUGAAGCACGGGCCCAAGCUGCUGGUGUGGCUGUUUGUCAAGUUUGUGAGCCUCAUGAUGUUCAACAAGGCGGUGCUCUGGUUCGGAGGCGGCGUGCCGGGCAAGCAGUACGCGCUCAUCAAGGCGGACGGCAUCCCCAUUGAGCGCUACAUCGCCCGCACCAUGGACGGCGUCGCGGAGAACAGCCACGUGCGCAAACAAAACUACUUUUACUACAACUGCCUCACCGGCAAGUUCCUGCGCGACAACUGCCCCACCUACCUCCGGGAGCAAGCCUUUGCGCAGCUCAAGGGAGGGCUGGUGGAGCGCCUCACCGUCGCCACCAACUUUUUCAUGGACGAGCUCAAAGCCCGGACCUACACCAAGGUCAUCCUGAUGGACCACGUGGACUGGCUCGACCUCCACAUCGCCCAGCAGCUCGCGGAGACGCUGGCCCAGCAGGUCGCCCCCGGCGGCAUCGUCAUCUGGCGCUCCGCCUCGCUGCAGCCGCCGUACGCGGAGCUCAUCCGCAAGGUGGGCUUCGACGUGCGCUGCAUCCGCCGCGCGAGCGAGGGCUACAUGGACCGAGUCAACAUGUACAGCUCCUUCUACGUGGCCCGCCGCAAGGGCAAGAAGGACUAGAGGGCUGCCGGGGGCGGUGAAGGACUAGAGGGCUGCCGCCGCAUACCAAAGGAAGCGGCGUACGUGGAUGAGAGGAGGGCUGGGUGUGGAUGGGGUUGCGCUUGGUGUGUUAUUUUGCUGGUGGUGGUGGUGGGGAUGAUGCCUGAUUGCUGCUUCGAGAGUUUGUUGAGCCUAAGAGGCAGCGAGGCGUGACACGGGGACGAGGAGAGCCUGGCGAGUUGAACGGCUUUUGCCGCGGCGCUACGGUUCGCGUGGUGAGGACGUAUGCGAGGGCUAGGUCUGGUAUCCGGUGUAAGGCCGCCUAUCUCGCUUGCUUGGAACUUCUUUUUGGGUAUAGAGCGCUGUCGUUCUGUUACGCUCAUGGCUGUAUGUACCGGCUGGUUGGAUGCAUCAAACGAAUGAGAGUGUGCAAUAAGACAGCAGGAAGAAUUGUUUAUAUGUCGUGCGCCGAUCGCUGGUGCGAAUUUGAAAUUAGAAGCAGUCCGGUGCUCAGGCUCCGGCCAGCCCUCUGCUUGUCAGCUGUUGCGGGAAACGGCAGGGGCACAUGUGUGGCUUGCGUCGUAAGGUCGUGAGUCGAACUACGUUUGCAAGCACCGGAGCUAGGGAAAGGGACUCGCGGGAUGUUGAGCUGCGUUUAUUACUUGGAGACCUGGUUUGACUGCAUGGGGGUGCAUGCCUAGGGACGUUUGACCCUUGUAAAGUGCCCUUUCGGUCUUCCAUAGGGUGGGAACAGGUCAGGGAAGGCGUGCGGUGUGGUCUCCAGCGUCGCUUAGGUUCACACUGUGUUUGCUGCUUUCUCGUUCCGUGAGAAUGAUAUUGUGUGCUCCUUGACGAUGAUGAUUGGUAAUCUUUUAUUGGGUUUGGGGUUGUUGUUCCUUUCCGAGUAUGUGGUUAGGACACGGGCUGUUGUUAUACCGGUAUGGUUUGCAUGGUACAUGCCGUUGUUUGUGGUUCUGGUCAAAACCGCGAGCCGGGUCCUCUUGUGGAGGCUUCCUGUGCCGCUUUCCCCUCUUUUGUUGACGAGAGGAGGCAGCCCGCUCGCGUUUUGCUGUUUCGUGUCUAUUUCUCAGACAAACAGCACGGCCCACAAAAACCUGUGGGAAUUUGUGCGCCUUGUACCAAUCCCGCGACGUAUUGCUGGGUUGACUCGAGUCUACAUCUUCCAGGUGCAAGUUGGUUCGUUUGCGGGACAGCUAGGGAUGAUUCACAGAUUUGGCACGGCACGUUCGGCAAUGGACGUGUUAUCUGUGGAAAGUAUGUAGCGGUACGAGGCCGUGGUAUUCUGUACAGCUCUUCACAUGGGGAUUUUAUGCCCCCUUUGCAGGCGUCAGUUACGGACAAGGACGUCUAAAAGCCGUUUGUAACCACUAAUUCGAAAUUCUCACUUGCUGUCAUUCCUUAUCCCAUGUAUUACAGUUCGUGCAGCUAUUCUAGUCCUA